CUCAUCAUCAUCUCAUGGCCGGACGAAACUCCACUCCUUCGAUCAAUCCAAAGAGCGGUUUCUGUUCAGAGACGAAGAUCUUCCACAGCAUCAGACCAACCGUUCCACUUCCGCUUGUAACAUUGCCUCUCUCUGUCGCCGAUUAUGCCAUCUCUCUCUUCCGCAACUCAUCCUCGCCGGAAACCACCGCAUUGAUUGACUCCGAUACCGGCCGCCGCCUCUCCUACUCCGAAUUCAUACACCAGUUCGAAACCCUUGCCGCCUCCCUUCAAAUCCAAAUCGGACUCUGUAGAGGCGACACUGCCUUCAUACUUUCUCCUCCAUGUCUUGAGGUUCCAAUCCUCUACUUUUCCCUCUUUUCCCUCGGGGUAAUCAUCGCUCCCGCCAAUCCAAUCAGUACUAAAUCUGAGGUUUCGCGCCAAAUCCAGCUCUGCAAACCAGUCGUCGCCUUCGCCACCUCUGCAACCGCUCACAAGCUUCCCUCCCUCCGCCACAAAAUGAUUCUCUUGGACUCGCCCGAGUUCGACUCAAUGCUGAUGACGGGGCCGGCGGCGGAGGCUAGGUCUCGAUUCCAGCGAGUUGAUUUGACUCAGUCCGAUCCUUCGGCCAAUCUCUUCUCGUCCGGAACGACAGGGGCUGUCAAGGCCGUACUAUUGACUCACCGUAAUUGGAUAUCAAUGGUGGCCGGAAUUUACUAUCUCCGGCCGCCGCGAGCGUCGCCGGCGGUGCUACUGCUCACCGUGCCGUACUUUCAUGUUUAUGGGCUUCUGUACUGUUUGAAAUCGGUGGCGGUCGGAGAGACAGUGGUGGUGAUGAGCAAGUUCGAUUUAGGGAAGAUGAGGAGCGCGGUUGAGCAGUUUAAGGUCACGCAUAUGGCGGUGGCACCACCCGUACUGGUUGCUAUGGUUAGAGACAACGUUGUGACGAAGGGCUGUGAUAUGAGCUCUCUUGAAGCCGUCAUGUGUAGCGGAGCUCCACUUGCCGAGGAGGUUGCCCAGAGGUUUAGGGAACGAUUCCCUGGUGUCUUCAUAGCGCAGGCGUAUGGGUUAACGGAAACUACAGGCGGAAUAUUCCGAUCAGCAGGUCCAGGUGAAAAAGGUCCGUUUGGGUCGUCAGGACGAUUGGCUUCAAAUUGCGAAGCAAAGAUAGUUGAUCCUGACACUGGCAAUGUGAUGCCUCCUUGCAAGCCAGGGGAGCUUUGGAUUAGAGGGCCAACUGUAAUGAAAGGUUACAUUGACAAUGAUGAGGCAACUGCUGCAACUUUGGAUCCAGAAGGAUGGUUGAGAUCAGGAGAUAUUUGUUAUAUUGACAACAAUGGUUUCGUAUUUGUUGUAGAUCGUUUGAAGGAAUUAAUCAAAUACAAGGGUUAUCAGGUUGCCCCUGCAGAAUUGGAGAACCUGCUUCAAUCCCACCCAGACAUUAUUGAUGCUGCUGUAAUUCCGUACCCUGAUGAAGAAGCAGGUCAAGUGCCCAUGGCCUUUGUGGUGAGACGACCCCAAAGCACCAUUGAUGAAGUACUAGUCAUGGAGUUCAUUGCCAAACAGGUUGCACCAUAUAAGAAAGUAAGAAGAGUGUCCUUCAUUGAGUCCAUACCCAAGAAUGCUGCGGGUAAGACAUUGAGGAAGGAUUUGAUAAAGCUUGCAUUGUCAGCCACUGUUUCUAAGCUAUGAUCAUUUGUUUUGUUUCUGCAACAGUCAAGGUUCAUGU